CUUCAGUUCUCCACAAUUCACAUCUUCAGUUAAUUUUUAAACGUUCCCAUUUCAAGUUGAGUUUUAUCCCUCAGUUAAAAUUAAAUAUUUGCUGAUAGCCGUCCAGCAUUCUCAAAUCCCAAAAUUAUUCAGUGAAUAAAAUAUAGAAACAACUUUCUGAAAGUUUUUCAUUGCUUUUUACUUCCAAAAAAAUUAAUAUAAUACAAAAUAUGUCUGCACCAGCACUUAAAGAUCUCCCAAAAGUCGCCACCGACCUUAAAAGCCAACUCGAAGGUUUUAAUACCGAUCAUCUAAAGAAUGCCAAUACUCAGGAAAAAGUAAUUCUUCCAAGUGCAGAAGAAAUUAAACAAGAAAAACAACAUAUAUCCUUGUUGCAAGAUGUGGAAGGUUUUGCAGCUAGUGGUUUAAAACACACUGAAACCGUUGUUAAAUUAUCUCUUCCCACAGCCGAAGAUGUCCAGGCUGAAAAAACUCAACAAAGCUUGUUUGCUGGUAUUGCUGCGUUUGAUCCAACUAAGUUGAAGCAUGCCGAAACACAAGAGAAGAACCCACUUCCUGAUAAAACAGCAAUUGAGCUUGAGAAAGAGAAGAACAACUUCAUCUCUGGAAUUGAGAACUUCGACCCCGCUAAGUUGAAGCACACAGAGACUUGCGAAAAGAAUCCUCUGCCAACCAAAGAGGUCAUCGAAGAAGAAAAGAAGGCAUAAACUGGAAUCUUCCUCCAAUUCCAUUCUAAAGCUCUCUUUUGUAUUUCUCAUGUCGAAAGUCUUGUAUUUAUUAUUUCGUAUUGGUAUUCAAACUAGAAUUUUAGCCACAAAAAAAUUAUAUACAAAAUAGUAUUAGUGCUUUUUGUCCAAUGGAAAAGAAAAACUACGCAUUUUCAUGCGUGGUAUGAAAUAUUAUCUUUAAAAAUAUAUUCCAAUUGAAUAUUCCUUGUAUUAAAAAAUAUUUAAAAAAUAAAAAUUUAGUUUACUAUUUUAAUUUUGUAAUCGAAACAUAAAAAUUAACUUAACAGAGAAAAAAUGAUUUUUAUAAAUUUUAUAUGAAAGAAUAAAAAUAUGUAUCGAAAUAAAAAGCAACAAAAUUAAACAAUGUAUUUUUUAUAAUAAAAUAACCAACAAGUUCUUACUAACUAUUUUAUAUACAAAAAAAAAGAAAAUAUUAUGAUUAAAGACGAAAAGGAAAUGAAAACAGAUUCACAGAAGACCUAGUGGCAAGAUGUUUCAAAUCAAUAUGUUCUACCUCCUACAACGCAUAUUAAGUAACACCAAACAAAAUAUUUCAUAAUAUUUUCUACUUUACAUCAAAAAAAGCAAACUGGAAUAAAUCAAUAAAAUCACACUGUAUUUAAACAAAUAAAUGAAAAUGCCGAAUCAACAUUUUAACGUAGAAUAGUAAUGUUUUUCGAAGAAAGCCAAACUAUAUCAAUAGAAUUUACUUGAAGUAAUAUCAUGUAUUCGUCUAUUUUCUCUGAAUACUAUUUUUACACCUUAUUUAUAUUGUCAGUGUGACA